CUCUAAGAUUUGUGCCUGCGUCUAGAGGUGCCCACGGUUCUGGAACCGGCGAUUACGGUUCUGAACCGUCAGUUCCGAUUUUAGAAAUUGCCGAACCAAAAUAGUAACCGCCGGUUCAGUUCUGAACCGGCGGUUUUUUUGGCGAUUUCUACGGUUUUUCACGGUUCUGAAUCGCCGGUUUUUUACAGUUUCGGUUUGGUUUCACGGUUUUCCAACGGUUUUUCGCGGUUCCAGUUUGGAACCAUCCGGGACCGGCGAUUCCGACAUGGUUUCGGUUCGAAAAUUUUUGAACCUGAACCGAACCACGGUUCAAAAAUCGACUGUUUCGAUUUGGGUAAAUUCUUACGGUUUCGGUUCGAAACUGCAACCGGCGGUUACGGUUUCGUUUUAACCGCCGGUUCGGUAAACCUUGGGGAGGUCUACCUGCGCCUGGAUAUACAUACGGAUAUACGAUACAUAUACACACGUCUGUAUAUAAUACUAUGAAAUAAAUAUACUAGUAGUAUUAAUUAUUUUAUGUUAAUUUUUAUCAAGUUUUCUUUUCCUCCUCACCUCUUCCCUUUCACAUUCUCUGCAAAUCAUCUCCUUCUCUCUCUCUACAUUCAUCAAUUCUGCUCUCUCAACCUCAACCUUCAUUCACGUUAACCCCCCAAAACAAACUUCAUCCCCACCCACCUGUGCCAACACACACAACCACACGCACUCUCUUUUCAUGCACUCAAUUUGAUUUCAUAUCGUCGGAAUUUACCAAACGAUGUGACGUCGCCGUCGAUCUCGAAACAGAUUGGUUUCCGAUUCGCAUCCUCCGAUAACAAUUCAAGUUUUUCCUUGAAUUCGGCGCUCAAAGGCGGUUGUUGCUUGCUGCUAUGGCUUCUACUGUUCCUGCCAAAUCUCAGCCGCUGCACAAUUUCACGCUGCCGCAUCUGAAAUGGAAUAAGGACCGAAACUCCACCGGCCAACACCAGCGGCGCCGCUCUAUCAAAUCGCCGUCGCGACGGCCGAAUAUCUCCUCCGCAUCUCCCAUCCGCCAGUCGCCGUUGCGAGAUUCCGUAUCGGCGACUCCGCCUCGGCAUCAGUCCCCUUUAUGCGACUCCGCCGCGGCGGCGGCUGUGGUGGUGUCGCCUCGUCGGUCUCCGGUCCACGGGGAUUACUUGGGGAAACGAUCUCCGCUUCGGGAGUGGGGGAAACACUCGCCAACCGGCGGUGAUCCGGCGUGGCAUUUGCCGAGGCAUGAAUCGCCUCCUCAAUCCGGAAAAGGCGGCUCUGUUGAGCAUCGGAGACAUCAGUCCAAUCAUCCGGCGUUGGAUGGUGCGAGGAACGGUCUCCAUUCAACAAAUUCAGGACGAACAAGUCUGAAAUCGGAGCCUAAAUCGAAGGCGAAAGAGGUCGAUGCGGCUGGAAUCAAGAGAUCGAAAAUCCUAAUCAAAAUUCCCUGCAAGAGCAGCAAAACAGAGGACGAAAAUCCACAAGAAGAGACGGAGAAAAAAGAGGAAGACGUUUGCAGCGGUGAAGUGCAACAAGAGGAAAAGGUUAACAACAAUACUACUACUGAUGAAGAAACGAAGACAUGGAAUUUAAGGCCUCGGAAGCCUCUGCACAAGUCGCUGAACGUGAGCGGAGGUCCGGUGAAGAGUAACGGUACGGCGAUGCCGGAAAGGAGUAAAGCGCCGUCGCCGUUGAGGAAUCUGAACAAUAGAUCGGGGGAUAACGACGGCGGUGGGAAGAAGGAGAAGAGGAAGCUGAGCAUAUCUAUCCCUCUAACGAAAGACGAGAUCGAGGAGGAUAUAUUUGCGCUGACCGGAUCAAAGCCGGCAAGGAGGCCUAAGAAGAGAGCAAGGAACAUACAAAAACAAGUUGAUAUUUGUUUCCCUGGAUUAUGGCUCGUAUCAAUAACUGCGGAUUCAUACAAGGUUUCUGAGAGUUCUCUGAAGGUACAGCCCUGAUCAUCCAGCCAUGGUUGCUCUCAAUUUUAAAUUUCUGAUCUGGAUGGCGGUGGUCUUCUACACAGGGCUAGAUGCAGUUUUUGGAAGUUCUAAGCUGCUUCGCUUCCAACCUUUUUUUCUGGGGGAUGGCUUUGAAGGUAUACUCUGUAGUAACUUGUAUUCUGAGAGGAAGAACUAGCAUUGAUUUAGGGUUUCUUUGUUCUUUUCUUGUUUCCUUUGUCUGCCCCUGUUCAAGUUGCUGAUCUGGAGAUGGAUGAUAGUUCUUCUAUUUAGCAUUAUGUAAAUAUGGAUUUUAGAUCGUUUAGAUUUUCUUUUUCAGUUUCAUGACUCAAUUGGUUUUGAUUCAUUUUUUGUUUUAAAUGAAUAAUGACUGAUUUGGGUCGUCUUUCUUUAUUUGUACAUUAAAACAGUUGAAAUUCAUGUAUUUGGUUCUGUUGCAGUUCAUGACUCAUGAAUCUUGAUAGUUGACGCAUCUCAAAUAUUCUCUUUACAUUA